CACAAUAAUGUUAGCAGUUCCGCUAGUUUUGCUAUUGGUACAAGAAACCUUACAAUCCGGAACCAAAGUUCGUCGUGCCGUGUCCCAAUCCAACCGAAAUUAUGAAUGUGGUGCUCAAAAACGGCAAGCCGAGGGCCUCAUAACAAAUGGAUUCAACGCGAAGGUCGGCGAUUGGCCCUGGCAUGGAGCCCUUUUCUAUCUGUCAAAUCCGUUUUCAAAGAAGUACAAAUGUGGAGCACAGUUGAUCCAUCAGAACUUUGUGAUCACCGCCAGUCACUGCGUCGUGGAUCGGGACAGUGGCUAUGAGGUAAACGCCAGGUAUGUCACGGUUGACUUUGGAUAUGUGCGGUUGUUCCGGCCCUCCAGUUAUGGGCAAUCGCAUGCGGUUCAAGAGAUCUUUGUUCAUCCGCAGUUUGUAAAAGACAGUAACAAGCAUGACGUAGCGAUAUUGUCUUUGAAAACCGCAGUGAUUUUCAGUGAUUACGUGCUCCCCAUCUGUUUGGAGCUUACCAUGUCUGAGACAAACAUACACGAUAUCGUCGGAAAGGAGGGUGUGGUUGUGGGUUGGGGUCUAACGGAGGAUGAUGAAAUUUCAACAGAUCUUAAGCUGGCGAACAUACCCGUUGUGGACUACGCAGAGUGUCUGGAAACCGACCGGGAUCUAUUCGGCUUGACCAUUUAUCCAGGCAUGUUUUGUGCAGGGUCCAGAAACGGAACCAGUGUGUGCAACGGUGAUAGCGGAGGAGGAAUGUACUUUAAUAAUGGAUCGCGGUGGAUUCUGCGCGGUAUUACAAGUUUUUCAGGGCCACGUGAUGACACCAGUAAUAAAUGUGACGUGAAGAACUACGCUGGCUUUGUGAAUGUCAAGUACUAUUCUUCAUGGAUCCGUCAAAUACUGCAGGAGGAGGAUGACGCUUCAGAUGGAUUAUCAACUACAACUGCAACUACAACACCGAAUCCUGAUCUAUCUAGAGAAUCAACAGAAAAAGUGUAUGGUGAUUAUGAUGAUGAAUUGAAUGGAUCAACAACUAUAACUCCUCUGCUUGAUGCAUCAACAAAACCAACGCAAAGAGUGCUUGGGGCCAACUUUGAACGGACGACUAAAAAUUCAUCACCGAGUAAUCGCCCUACGAUUCUGCCUUUCCUUUCAAGUAUGUCAAUGCAAAGAGGUUAGUGAGCACACAGCAACCAAUGAAGUACAGUUACAGGUGGCGCAGAUAAACAUUGUGAACCGCUAAUUCAGGCCAAACAUUUCAAUAGGUCCUAUCUGAAUUUGAGAGGUUCUCUUUGUUCACUUUCUCUUUCAAUAGGACAGAUCGGUGAAGUACUAGAUUUGUAGUAAUGAGCUGAAUUUUAGUAUGGUGAGAAGGUCAAUGCUCCGUUUCUGCAAUGAAAUGGUGCAAAAAGCGUGGGUAUUAUGAUUCCAUGCCUAAUUUGAUGCUAUUUGAGCA